GGGAACCGGAUCAAUUUCUGCCGGGAAUUUGCUCCGUCUCCUCCGGGACCGGCUCGGUUUCCCUCUCCCCGGGGAGCCGCCGGGCAACCGCCGCCGCCGCAGCGCCGAGGUCCUGCUGAUGAAGAGGAGGUGAGGCCCAAGCUGUAGCUCACACGGGUGCCGUUCCCUGCGGGACUUUCAUCUUCUCCCCUCGCCCCAUCCCGCCCGCCGGGGCCGCGUGGAGCCGUCCCAAUGCCGAAGAACAGCAAGGUGACGCAGCGGGAGCACAGCAGCGAGCAUGUCACCGAGUCGGUGGCCGACCUGCUGGCCCACGAAGAGCCCGUGGACUACAAACGCAGCGUCCUCAACGUGACGGGGGAGACCUGGGACAAGCAGAAGGAUGGAGAUGAGGAGUUGGAUGCGGAGAACCGGCCGGCGUGGAACAGCAAGCUGCAGUACAUCCUGGCGCAGAUCGGCUACUCCGUGGGGCUGGGCAAUGUCUGGCGCUUCCCCUACCUCUGCCAGAAGAACGGAGGAGGCGCCUACCUGGUCCCGUACCUGGUCCUGCUCGUCAUCAUCGGGCUCCCCCUCUUCUUCCUGGAGCUGGCGGUGGGGCAGCGGAUCCGCCGGGGCAGCAUCGGCGUCUGGAAUUACAUCUGUCCUCGCCUGGGGGGCAUCGGCUAUGCCAGCUGCCUCGUCUGUUUUUUUGUCGGUCUCUAUUACAACGUCAUCAUUGGCUGGAGCAUCUUUUACUUCUUUAAGUCCUUCCAGUACCCUCUUCCCUGGAGCGAGUGCCCCAUCGUGAAAAACGGCUCGGUGGCCAUUGUGGAGACCGAAUGCGAGAGGAGCUCGGCCACCACCUACUUCUGGUACCGCGAGACCCUGGACAUCUCCAACUCCAUCUCGGAGAGCGGGGGGCUCAACUGGAAGAUGACCCUGUGUCUGCUGGUGGCCUGGAGCCUUGUUGGCUUGGCUAUGAUCAAAGGCAUCCAGUCCUCGGGGAAGGUGAUGUACUUCAGCUCGCUCUUCCCCUACGUGGUCCUGGUUUGCUUCUUGGUGCGGGGACUUCUGCUGCGCGGGGCGGUGGAUGGGAUCAUGCACAUGUUCACACCCAAGCUGGACAAGAUGCUGGACCCCCAGGUGUGGCGGGAGGCAGCUACGCAGGUUUUCUUCGCCUUGGGCCUGGGCUUCGGGGGGGUCAUCGCCUUCUCCAGCUACAACAAGCAGGACAACAACUGCCACUUUGAUGCCACGCUCGUCUCCUUCAUCAACUUCUUCACGUCCGUCCUGGCCACCCUGGUUGUCUUUGCUGUGCUGGGCUUCAAGGCCAACAUCAUGAAUGAGAAAUGUGUGGUGGAGAACGCUGAGAAGAUCUUGGGCUACCUGAACACCAACGUGCUGAGCCAUGACCUCAUCCCACCCCACGUGAACUUCUCCCACCUCACCGCCAAGGACUACAAUGAGAUGUACAGGGUGAUCAUGACAGUGAAAGAGGGGCACUUCAAAGAACUGGGCUUGGAUGCUUGCCUGUUGGAGGACGAACUCAACAAGUCGGUGCAAGGAACUGGCCUGGCCUUCAUUGCCUUCACAGAAGCCAUGACCCACUUCCCAGCCUCGCCGUUUUGGUCCGUCAUGUUCUUCCUGAUGCUGAUAAACCUGGGGUUGGGGAGCAUGAUCGGGACCAUGUCAGGCAUCACUACACCCAUCAUCGACACCUUCAAGGUGCGGAAGGAAGUGUUCACAGUUGGUUGCUGCAUCUUCGCCUUCGUGGUGGGACUGAUCUUUGUGCAGCGCUCUGGGAAUUACUUUGUCACCAUGUUUGACGAUUAUUCAGCCACCCUGCCACUCACGGUCGUGGUCAUCCUGGAGAACAUCGCUGUGGCCUGGAUUUACGGCACCAAGAAGUUCAUGCAGGAGCUGACGGAAAUGCUGGGUUUCCGGCCCUAUCAGUUCUACUACUACACCUGGAAGUACGUCUCUCCCAUCUGCAUGGCUGUGCUCAUGACCGCUAGCAUCAUCCAGCUGGGAGUCAGCCCCCCGGGCUACAGUGCAUGGAUCAGAGAGGAGGCUGCAGAAAAGUUCCUUUUCUACCCAACCUGGGCCAUGGCUAUCCUCAUCUCUCUGAUCAUCCUGGCAACCCUCCCUCUGCCUCUGGUCUUCAUCCUCCGGCAGUUCCACCUCGUGUCAGACGGCUCCAACACCCUCUCUGUCACCUAUAAGAAGGGCCGGAUGAUGAAGGACAUCUCCAAUUUGGAAGACAACGAUGAGACCCGCUUCAUCCUGAGCAAAGUGCCCAGCGAGACCCCGUCCCCCAUGCCCACGCACCGUUCCUACCUGGGUCCCGGGAGCAACUCCCCCAUGGAAAUGAGCAGUGCCCCCAACGGACGAUACGGGAGUGGGUACCUACUGGCCAGCACCCCUGAAUCCGAACUGUAAUGGUUGCCUGCCGACCACCCCCACCGGGAGAGGAGGUCACUGGGGAGUGGAUCCUGGCUGUCCAGGCAACAGGAAAAUUAAUUAAUAAGGAAGAUGAAGAAGAAACCCCUCUUAAAAUCGUAACCAAAAGCAGCCAUUUCUAAGAUGACAUCGGGAAGAAGGGAUUGCGGGAGGGGCAGGACUCCUCCGACAACCCUCGGCUGAAAGGCAGGAUCCCCCGGGGCUUGCCCUCGGGGAAGGGAGGAGGAACAAGAGGCGCUGCAAUAUCUUUCCAAGAGUUGUUCUCACGCAGCUCAAAUCUGAAGCAAAGAAUCUCUCUUUUCUAAGCAGCUGAUGGUUGGAAAAAGGACCUGGCGUCAGGUGGAAAGUCAGCCACGCUUCCGCCUGUAACCCAGCGCUCUUCCCUCCCAAUCUGUUGUCCUUUAGCCGGGAGGAGUCAUGGCCUUAUUCCAACGAGCACAAUUAACCAUCAGUGUUCAUAGCACAAAAAGGUGCUGUUGUUGUCACCAUCGUUGUUUGUUGUAUCUCCUGUAGGUUUUUAUAGCUGUGGACACACCCAAAUAACCCCCAAAUUUUGACCAGGGUUGGCAGGGAGCAGCCUGGGGCUGGCUGAGACGUUGCAAUGCGUGAGGCAGUGGAUGGUGGAUCCUUGGUAUCUGGUUUUGUUACCACCAGCAUGGGGACAGCGUCUGUGGGCUGUUCUGAGAAGUGGACAUGUCAUGUCCACGGGGUGAAGCGGUCAGCAUGCUCCGUGGUUAGGCAGUUAUCGUGCUGAGUGGCAGAAGGACCUCUGAAGUGAGGGUGAUUUGGAUGUGUGAGCGUGUGUGGGGUCUGGAUAGGGUUACCGUGAUGGGGGUCAGGAGUGCUCUCCUGGAAUUACUCCUGACAUGUGGGAUGCUCUGCUGAACCAAAAUCCCUGGCAUGGUGAUCGUCUCCUCUUGCCACUCUCUUUAGAUGUCCCAGAGGGACAAGCAGAGAAGCUGUGGGGCAUCCAGUCCUACCACAGUCCUGGUUUAGCUCUCAGGAAACCACCCUGUGACUUACCUCCCUUGCACCCACCAGCUGAGGUGAGCUGGGCAGUGAUUAUCUCUGGACGUGCGUCCUCAUUUCUCAUAGCUUCGAGCCAGGGGGUCUGCAUUGCCUCCCGUUGGACCUCCACGGGGGCUCACCAGCCUUCGGAUGGGGGUAACCAGCUCUUGGGGACAGCAGGCAUCUGCUGAGCAGCAGUUAUUGGGAGUCAGUGCCAGGUCCCAGUGUCCCUGCUAGCUCUUGAUCCAGGCUGGUCAGCCCUUGUUAGAGCCCAGGGGCCUCUAUCGUGCCCAUCCACGUUAUCUGGGGACCGGAUUGAUGUGACCUUAUGUUGUUUCUCCCCAGGCUGUCUAGGAAAGGUUGGGCUCUCCUAGCUCCGAGUGUCUCCCACUGGGACUGAGGGUUGUUUCCCUGAAUCCUACAUGGAGCUGAGCAUUUCUGUUAAGGGUACCAGUAUUACGUGGCAUCUUCCUCCCUUCCCCACGGGGACAGGGGAACAGCAGCCUGCUUGCACCCUCUUCUCCCUCUCAGCACGUAGCUAUGGCCUCCAAAAGCCGAGGGAGCUCCUCAUCCUUGGUUCUGCUGGACUUAGAUCAUGCAUGACGGUAUUUCAAGCCAGUCUGGAGGCCAAGUUUGUGGGUGCUUGCCCACGAGCCCUUCUCUCCUCCGCUUUCCUGUCAAUGGGUUUUCUUCCACUUCAAUUCUCCUUUCAGCUGGGAGGUGAAGGCAGAAAGUACCUGGUCCGUUUGCCACAUCCUUGACUUCUCUUAGCAUCCCUGGGGCCAGGAGGUCCCCGCAAUGACAUUUCUCUUGUGGGUCGUGAUCCUUUAUUUAUAAUCCUUCUCCAUGGGCUUGGACUGGUGACCUGGAGACUCUUCCUGGACAAUUAGCUCAGGCCUUUCCUUAACCAUUUUUCCAGGGGGAAAAUGGAGGCAUGGACUGAACCAAAGCAGCUCAAUCUUUGAUGGCUCUGAGAAGCACCAGCCCUGUGUGGUCAGGAUCAGCCACGCUCUUGUCUCUCCUUCAGCGGUCCCCGCUUCGCCAUCCCCUCCGCUGUCGUUCUCCUUCCCCUGCCCGUGCAGCGGGACAUAGAAAUAUCCCCACGGCAUCGUCUCUGAAUGGGAGAAGCACAAAACCCGUGGCAUUUCCCCAUCAUUAGGCAAGGUGUUCCCUCCCACCUCUUAUUUCUGCCUCCGUCCCCAGUUUCCUCCACCCGACCAGCAAAACAGAAGAUGAGCCAAAUCGUUGCCCAACGUCACCUUCCCGAUGCCCCUGAGCGCGGGGGCCGGAUUCCCACCAUAGCUCCCAUGGAGUUAACGGAGCAGGACACCUCCCGUAGCCGAAGUGCUUAGUCCCAUCUGCUCCCGUGGCGUGAUGCUCCUCAAACCCUGGGGGGAAGGAUCCGGCCCUCCGUCUCUCCCAUCCCCAUUCCCAAACCAGCCAGGGAGGCGUUCGCUUUCCUCCCCUCUUCUUGCAGCGUCAAUAAGAGGCAAAGUCAAUAAGAAGGUAACAAAAAAGCUAUAUUAUAUAUAUAUAAAAAAUAUAUGCAGAGAGAGGAGAUGGAAUAAUAACCUAGAGAUUCUCUAUUUCUAUUGUAUAUUUAUUCUGUAAAUGUCACUGUAAAUGCUGUUAAAUGACAAGACGUAUUCCAAAGUGGCCCGUGACCUAUUUUCAUUCCCAGUGCUGUACAGAUCAAUUCUCAUUGUAUAUCGGGACAUAUUUUUACCUUUUUAUUUCUCGUGCGUGGUGGGUGGCCGUCCCCCGCCCCAGCCCCAGGGGGUCCAGCUGCCCUGGGGCUCCAGCAGAGAGGAGGAGGAAGAGGAGGAGGGACGACACCUUUAUUUUUAUCCGUGGAAAUACUGUAUUUCUUCGUGGCCAUUGCUCGGUG